UAUACAGGGAGUUCACCUCAAGCAUUGGGGUUUAAUAAUAGUCAUCGUUUACCAAUUAUUCGAAUGUUUGGUGUAGAUGUCUCGGGUAAUUCGGUAUGUUGUCAUAUUCAUGGAUUUUAUCCCUAUUUUUAUAUGAAUUAUCCAGAAGAUAAAUUAUUAUUAUUAAAUAAUAUUGAUUCAUUUAAGAAACUAAUAAACGAAAAACUUGCCCAAAAAUUAUAUUUUUUAAAAAAUAUUACGGAUUUUAUUAUUUCUAUAACAAUAGUAAAUAAAAGAACUAUUUAUGGGUAUAAUAGUCAUAAUGAAGGUCUAAAACGUUUUUUAAAAAUAACGAUAGCAUUGCCCAAAUUAAUUCACGAAGUUAAGAAUAUUUUAGAAUUAGAAUUGAAAGGAGAAAACGAAGAUGAAGAAAGAAAAAAUGAGUUUUACGAAGCCAAUAUUGAUUUUAUAUUGCGUUUUAUGAUUGAUGUUAAUUUAUCGGGGUGUUCUUGGAUAGAAAUACCGUCCCAAUCUUGUAUUUUUAGGGAUAGCAACAACGAAAAGGAAUCCACAUGCCAAAUUGAAAUUGAUGUAUUGUGGACUAAUAUCAUGCCCCACGAUCCGGUUGAAACAAAAUGGGCUAGUAUCGGACCCCUCACCAUUCUUUCUUUCGAUAUUGAAUGCGCAAAUCGGCGAGGUAUUUUUCCUACGCCCGAUAACGAUCCAAUUAUUCAAAUUGGCAACGUUAUCGCAAAACACGACAAAUUAGAAAUGAAAAAGGUAAUUUUUGUGUUGGGUAAAAAUUGUGACCCUAUCGAAGACGCCAAGAUAUUUCUUUUUCAUUCUGAACAGGAGAUGUUAAAAGCUUGGUCUCGUUUUGUGCAAAAGGUAGUAGACCCUGAUAUUAUUACUGGAUACAAUAUUAAUAAUUUUGACUUCCCGUAUUUAAUUGGUCGGGCCAAACAUUUGAACAUUGAUGAUCAAUUUUAUCUAAGUAGAAUAAAAAAUGUAAAAUCUUUCAUUACGAGUUGGGGGUUUGAAAGUAAACAGGUGGGUAAAAUCGUUAAUAAAUGUAUUAACGUGGAGGGUCGAUGUAUUAUGGACGUUUUAAGCGUUAUUAAAAGAGAAUACAAAUUACGGUCUUACAGUUUGAAUGCGGUUUCUCAGUAUUUUUUAAAUGAACAAAAAGAUGAUAUUCACCACACCGAAAUAUCAGAAUUACAUCGCACUAGCGCCCAAACGAGACGAAAAUUAGCCGUUUAUUGUUUAAAAGAUGCCCUUUUGCCACUAAAAUUAAUCGAUAAAUUAAUGUUAUCUAUCAAUUACAUUGAAAUGGCGCGGGUAACGGGAGUCCCGUUAACUUUUAUCCUCACGAGAGGUCAACAAAUAAAAAUAAUGUCUCAAUUAUUGCGAAACUGCGCCUUGGAAAAUUUUAUUGUUCCAUCGUGUGAAGGGGGAUUGAAAGGGUGUAUGGGUUAUCAGGGCGCUACAGUCAUUGAACCUGCGAAAGGAUUUUAUAACUCCCCUAUCACGACGUUAGAUUUUUGUUCAUUAUAUCCGACUAUAAUUAUGGCCCAUAAUUUAUGUUAUACUACAUUGUUAUUAACCAAUAAUGAUAAAACCAUAUUAGCGUCUACGGAUAAUUAUACUAAAACGCCCACAAAUAAUUAUUUCGUCAAACCUCAUAUACGUAAAGGUUUAUUGCCUAGAAUUCUAGAAAAUUUACUAAUGGCGCGCAAAAAAGCCAAGGAUGAACUGAAACGUGAAACUGAUCCGUUAAGGAAAAAAGUUCUAGAUGGCCGACAAUUAGCCUUAAAAAUAUCGGCCAAUUCUGUAUACGGUUUAUUUACGGGCGCGCAAAUGAGCGGUAAAUUGCCCUGCAUUGAAAUAUCUCAGAGCGUGACAGCGUUUGGACGCGAAAUGAUCAUGUUUACGAAAAAUAAGAUCGAAGAGAAAUACGUUAACGCCAAAGUCAUUUACGGAGAUACAGAUUCUGUCAUGAUAAACUUUGGUGUCGAUACCAUCCAAGAGGCCAUAGUAUUAGGUCAAGAAGCGGCUGCUUUUGUUACAAACUUUUUUAUGACUCCAAUUAAAUUAGAAUUUGAAAAGGUAUAUUUUCCUUACUUACUUAUAAAUAAAAAACGUUAUGCGGGAUUAUAUUACACCCGUCCUGAAAAUUUUGAUAGAAUUGACUGUAAAGGCAUAGAAACCAUUCGAAGAGAUAAUUGUCGAUUCACCGCUGAAUUAAUAUCCGAGGUUUUGAAUAUAAUUUUGAUUCAGAGAGAUACAGAAAAAGCCAUUACAUUAGUUAAAAAUACUAUAUCUGAAUUAUUACACGAUCGGAUCGAUAUUUCAAAAUUAAUUAUUACAAAAGAAUUAACCAAAACCAAAAAAGAAUAUAAGGCCAAACAAGCUCAUGUGGAAUUGGCCUAUAAGAUGAAAUUGAGAGAAUCCAGUACAGCCCCCCAACUUGGUGAUCGCGUUCCGUACGUCAUAAUUAAAUUGGAUAAUAAUGAGAAAAAGAAUACACCCCUGUAUCAAAAAGCCGAAAGUCCCGAAUAUGUUGUAAAACAUAAUUUGCAAUUAGAUUAUAAUUAUUAUUUAAAAAAUCAAAUUAGAAACCCCCUAUUAAGAAUAUUUGAACCUAUUCUCGGGUCAAAUGUUGAAAAAAUUCUAUUAAGCGGUGAUCAUAUGAUUUCCAAAACUGGAACUGUUUUAAACAUUUUAUCUAAACCCCGAAUAAUGUGCAUAAAAUGCAACGCUAAAUAUAUUCAAUCCAAUAAUAAAACGUUAAUAUGUAUUCAUUGUCGUCAAAAGAAAAAAAUGGAUCAGAAGACAAUAUGUUCAUUUUUGAAA